AUGCCAGGCAAAACCCUCCUCCUCCUCGGCUCCGGCCCCGGCAUCGGGAUCUCCAUCGCCUCCAACUUCUCCGUGCGCGGGUUCACACACAUCGCGCUCGUAUCCCGCAACACCGAACGGCUGAAACAAGACCAAGACACCGUACUCGACGCCAUCCAGGAGAGGGGGUAUAGCUGUCAAGUCAAGACGUGGACGUGCGAUUUAAGCGACUUUGAGCAGCUGGAGAGGGUGCUGGGGGAGGUGGAGGGAUGGGGAAGUUUGGAGGUUGUGGUGUUCAAUGCGGCGAGGGUUGCUGGGAAGGGGCCGUUGGAGGAGGGGUUGGAGGAGUUGGAACGGGAUUUUAGGUUGACGAACCUCGCCCUUUACAAAGUCGCCCAAUGGGCGAUCCCCAUCCUGCAAGCUGUCAAGGACGAAGAUCGGCAUCCGUCGUUCUUCGUCACGAGUACGACGAAGCUGUACAAGGAGCCUGUGCCGGAUCUGGUGUCGCUGUCGAUGGUGAAGAGCGCGCAGCGGGCGUUGGUGUUGUCGUUGCAUGCCAAGUUUGGGGAGGAUGUGCAUGUUGCGUUGUUGAGUGUUGGGGGUGUGGUGGAUCCGAAGAAGAAGGUGCUUAGUCCAGAGAAUAUUGCGGAGAGGUGUUGGCAGUUGUAUCGGCAGAGGAGGGGGGAGUGGAAGAGGGAGGAGGAGAUUGAUGAUGAGGUUGAGGGGCAGUAG